UAAUAUAUAAUUGCUAUAUAUAGUAUAGAGUUAUAUGUAAGCAAUAUAAUUUCAAAUACCAGCAAGUGCUUCAUACUGCAUGUGCACUUCAUGGCAGUCAUGGGACUUAGGUGAAUUGUUUGAAUCUGGAAUGUGGGAAGUGAUUUACAGUGAUUGUGCAGGUUUGUUAUCACAGGAUAUUGAGGUGCUUGUGGACACAUGGGAUGGGGCAUGAAAUUAUUAUUGAUUUUCUUUUGAGAAACACAAUUUUCUCCACAGUAUUGGGGUUGAGUGGGUUAAUCUUUGUAGAUACCAUUUCCCCUGCCUUAGAAAACAAAUAAAAAUGAACAUCCAUAAUUAAUGAAUAAUUACACAAUACAAGUGACAGACUUGGCCUAUUGCCAACCUUGUUAGAGGAAAUCAAACUGAAGUGCUCCCACAUCUCGGAGCGACCUCUUUGCCAAAAGGUUCCAUUGUAAAUUUGCUCUUUGCUACUCUCAACAACACUGACUUUGACUGUAUCAGACAGACGAGCCUGAACCCUGUUUCGCACCCAUUUGAAUCAAAUCGAUGCGGUCACGUGACUGUGCGACGGAACGAAGCUUCGGACGUCACUGAUCACGUGAUCAGCAGCGAACGAACCAAGCACCGAUACAUUUGCUUCACCUUGCACUGGUUCAUAUUUCGACACAAGCUUCGAAGCAGGAGGGUCGGAGGUAACAACCCUGCCUUCCUGCACCAGCCCACGUGACAGAAGGCCCUGUUAAAAUGUAACUUGUUUUGUUGUAACAUACUAGAUACAACUUGAAUGCCCUGUCAGUGGCACAUAGCUUUUGUUUAUUAAUUAAUAACCAGGGUUAGGGUUUGUGAAGGGUUUUGAGGGUUAAUUAUGAUAAAUACACACAAACACACACAAGAGGAUAAUUUUGGUUGGGUUGAUGAAUGAAUGGAGGUUGGUCAGAGGGAGCAGCUACUGAAGGAAUGAGGCUCAUCAGGUUUCUCUAGUUUCACUCUUCGGCGUGAAGGAGGAUCUGUGGUAAAGUAAAAUAGAGGAAACUCUUCACUGAGGAAAGCUGAAGACGAUGGCAGUGAAUCUGAGUAAGAAUGGCCCUUCACUCAUGGAGGCGUAUAAAGAAGUAGUGGAUGGAAAAAUGGACACAAACUGGGUGCUCUUCACUUAUGAAGGGAACACUAAUGACAUCCGUCUGGCACAGAAGGGAGACGGUGGUUUGGAGGAGAUGGUGGAGGAGCUGAACAGCGGGAAGGUGAUGUACGGUUUCUGUCGAGUCCAGGACCCGAACUCCGGUCUCCCCAAAUAUGUUCUCAUAAACUGGACAGGUGACGGUGUAAAGGACUCUAGAAAAGGAAUGUGUGCCAACCACGUGAGCUCGAUGUCCAGCUUCCUGAAGGGAGCCCAUGUGACCAUAAAUGCCCGUGGAGAUGAUGACGUGGACCCGGAGACGAUCUUGCAGAAAGUGGCCAAAACCUCUGGAGCCAACUUUCACUUCCACAAAGCGAAGGAAGAUAAAGCCGCUCCGAGAGGCUCUGUGGGUUCUGUGUAUCGGAAGGUCAACGCUGUGGAGGAAAUACAACAAACCAGAAAGGACGACUUCUGGGUUCAACAUCAGAGGGACGAAGCACUUCAUCAACAGGAGGAGAACCAACGGCUGAAGGAGGAGAAACAAACGUUGGAGAGAGAGAGGAGGGAGGUAGAGGAGAAGCAGACGGGGGAGAGGGAGAAGAAAGCCAAGGAGAAGACUCUUCAGAAGCAGAUAGAAGAAGAGGAGCGAGAGAAGGAGCAGCAGAGAUACAAGGACAAGUCACAGACUUCUCAGAGAGACAUGUUCAAGAGGGGGCAGAGCUUUGAGGCUCCUGCUUCCACACCUGGGAAACUUCUUUCUGAGAGAGAUAUUCUGCUACCACCAGCGUCUCCUCCUGCUCCAGCUUUGCUCCCCUUGUCUCCUGUCUCACCUGUCUCACCUGUGAGGUCUCACUCACCUGCUGCACCACCACAGACAACUGGUUCACCUGCUCCAGCUGCAGAAGAAGAGUGGUCUGACGAGUUUGAAGACGAAGAUGGAGAUGAAGCUCCUCCUGAAGAUGUGUCCAAGGCAGAGCCUGAGGAGGACCUGUAUGAGAACGUCUAUGAUCCCACAAUCCCCUCGGCUGGAGGCGUUGGUGUGGACACGAGAGGACAGAACAUCAAGGCCCGAGCUUUGUAUGACUACCAGGCUGUGGACGACACUGAGAUCACCUUUGACCCCGGGGACAUCAUCACAGGGGUUGAGAUGCUGGAUGAGGGCUGGUGGAGAGGAUUCGGACCUCAGGGAGACUUCGGGAUGUUCCCCGCCAACUAUGUGGUGCUCCUCUAGAGCUCUGACCCUCCUCCUGGUCACCUGACGGGAAGUCGACUAAGACAAUAAAAUAU